AACCCUACAGGAUAGCUGUUCUACGUAAAUUCCCCAUUAAAGUUGAUGCUUAGUAGGGACCGUGAGUGCUAUUUCACCUUAAGCCAUCCAAAAGGAAUUCAUGAAGGUUACACACCCACCCCCUCCCCACAGGUGGGGCGCGACACUCAGAAAGAAGGAUAUUCCCAAGCUGAUAAUGGAAGAGACUCCCAAAAGGCACCAAGAAAACGCUGACAGAAGAGGAACGAGGGAAAGAUCGACCGGGCGUUCCUGAAGGAAGAAGAGGAGAAUGCCAAACCCGAUUUCUACGUAACACGGCGAGAUACCACCGCUGCAGCUCCGGUGAAGGAGAGCAACUUGUCAUCCUUGGUUCUCCCAGCCAGCUGCAGUGAGAAGACCAUGGCCGUAGAAGAAGAGGCAUGGACAUGCGCCAUCUGCCGUGAUGUGCGACAGGACAUCGCCUACGCGAGUCCUUGCAAUCACACGUUCUGCCUCGGCUGCAUCCAGCGCUGGGCAAGGCUGAGAGACAGCUGCCCGCUGUGCAGAACGGCCAUGAAGACCAUCCGGGUCUCUGUGCGGGGAGACAACGAGUACGUGGAGUGCAUCGUCUCCCCGCCCGCAGUGCCUGUGCCCGUCAGCUUCGGCGCCACCACCAGCCCCAGCGGCACUGCGGCAUCCGCUCCACCCUCUGCACCACCGUCCCCUGAGCCGAUGGCCGCAGAGCCGGAGAGAGUGGGCGGCCUCCUGCCGGAGGUCUGGGCAGCACUUUUCCGGGAGAGACGUGACAUCCUCGACCCGGUGCUGCCCUGGCUGGAGCAGGAACUCCGCCGCAACGGGGAGCCGCGCUGGUGGAAAAUCAACUGGCUGAAGAGCAUGGUCCUGGCGUUCCUGUGCCAGGUGGGGCCGAACAGGGACAUCCUAGUGCAGUGCGCACAGCACGCCCUGGGGCCCAUCACCGCACCGCUCGUCGACGCUCUCAUUGGAACCAUCGAGAGCCGGUGCAGCCAGGAGGCCCGGAGGCUGCUGGGCCUCGAAGACCCCAGUGGCACCCAGGAGCAGGAGGACGGCCCCGCAGCCCAAUCCAGUGCCCCGCAGGAGGCUGUCGGCCCCAGCGCCACACCAUCCAGCCGCUCCGCGGGUCCCCACGUGGAGGAGCUCCCCGGCACGUCCAGCGGGGCCCUCGGAGGGGGUCCUGGUGAGCCGGGUCCCGAGGCAGCUGGUCCCGCUGACCAGGGCCGCAGCCGUGGCUCCUCUGCUUGCGGCCGGGGCAGGAAGCGCUCGGCUGGGAGGUCCCUGCGCCCCACAAAGAGGAGGGCCAGCAGUGCCCAGCGCGCUCCUCUGCCCUGCAAGAGGCGGCCACCCCGGCGCCGCUAG